AUGGCCACACAUACCACAACUUCGACUACAACUGACAGAGGGCUGCUGAGCAGCGCUGCCAGCAUCGGCUUGCAGCAGAUCCAGCAACGUCUGUCACCGCGAGUGCAGGACAAGAUGUCAAAGUACAUGGGCACCUCUCCACCACCACCGCCGCCAGAGCAGCAGGGCUACCAUCCUCAGCAGCCAGGCGGACCUUCGUACAGCAGCCAGCACCAUGUACCUCCACCCCCGCAACAGCAAUAUAACCAUCACCAUCAAGGACACACUCCGUCACAUGGCGCUGCGGCUUCAUAUUACGGUCACAGCCCCCAGCCACAGCAGUACCAAGCACCACCACCUCAGCAACCCCAUCAGCAGCACCCCUCGUCCUCCUCCUCCCAGAACCACCACCAUGGCCUCCACAACAUCUUCAAGCCCAGCCACAACACGGGCCACGAGGCGGCCUACCAGCAUCGCGACUUCGUCUUCGUCAAAGACGGCCUGACAUACACCGUCAAGACAACCGACGGCAAGCACACCCUGCUAUACAUCGACUCGGAAAAGUCGCGGUGGUUCCAGAACAGCCCCAAGAGCAUGACCAUCUAUCGCGGCGGUGGCGGAGGCGAUAAGGGGGCCGACAAGAUCGGCACGGUAAAGUACCACGACAGCACGUCGCUCAAGGCCGACCUGUCCCUGCACGGCCGGCCGCCGGUCAAGUGGUCGCGCAAGCUCGACUCGGGCACGGGCCUGGGCAAGCUCAAAUGGGGCAAGGACCUGGUCGGCGGGCUCACCACCAGCUCGGGCAUGGUGCUCAAGCUCGAGGACACGAGCCGGGACCGGACGCUCGCCAAGUUCGCGACCGGCGGCAUGGUCGCGCGGCUCGGCCAGCUCGUGGGCGAGGGAGAUGGAGGAAGCGGGAACGGGGUGUCGCUGGGAUCCGGGGCCAAGAACUAUUGGCACACCAUGUCGGGCAAGAAGAACGCCGGCCGGAUCGUGUUGGUGGCGAAAGAGAGCUUGAGCAGGGAGCAGGUCGAGGAGAUUGUGGUCACGGGCAUUGUCGAGCACGAGAGGAAGGUCAAGGAGAAGCAGAUCUCGUCGGCCGGCGGCGGUGGAGGAGACGCCAUAGGAGCCGUUGUCGGCGCCGUAGUCUCUUGA